UUUAUAAAAAUCUUUUAAAACCCCUCCACAUACCCACCCACCACCUACAACCCCCUAAAAAUGGCCUACCAAAAGCCACACAUCCAAUCCCAAAUCUCCAUCUUCGAAUUUCCCUGAAGAAAACAUGAACAACACGGCGGCGCCGGUGGCUGACUCCGGUGGCUUUCUUGGGUCACAAAACGUCGGAGGGUUCGGGUACGGUAUCGGAAUCUCAUUCGGCAUACUUCUCCUCAUCAUAACCAUCACCUUGGCUUCUUAUUAUUGUACUAGAAGCACACAACCGUCGUCACCACCACCGCAAUUCAGUUCCCGGCGGCGGAGGAGUGGCAAUGGUGCGAUCUCCGGCCAACCAGACUCAGACCAUUACGUGGUGAACGUGGGUCUUGAUGAGGCGACACUUUUGAGCUAUCCGAUCGUAGCUUAUUCAGAUGUGAAGAUCAAGCGAAAAGAUUCAGGCUCUUCGUGUUGUUCGAUUUGUUUGGCUGAUUACAAGGGGAAAGAUUUGCUCCGACAGCUGCCGGACUGCGGCCACCUUUUUCACGUCAAGUGUGUUGACCCGUGGCUCCGGUUGAAUCCGACGUGUCCAAAUUGCCGGACGACAUCUCCGAUCCCGACGCCACUUUCGACUCCGUUGGCGGAGGUUGUUCCGCUCACCGGCAGACGGAGUUGAUUCAUUCGAUCUCGAAACUAUGAUUUCAGGUUAAUACAUUGUACAGUAUUUUGGCAUCGAUAAUAGUAAUUUCUUGCUUUUUUUCUUUUAAAUUACUAUAAGAUUACUUUUUAUACUCUGUAUAUUCUGCAUUUCUGGGUAAUGAUUCAAAUUUAAGGAAACAUUGCGAAUUUCUUUUA